AUGAACGUCCUCACUGGCAACUACGACGUCCUCCGCAGCAUUGUCGACAUGCUCUCUCCCCAGGAGGCCAUACCACUCUCGUCAACAUCGCGCGACCUGCAUUCGGCCUCACGCCGCCAUGCGUUCUCGCGUGCCAAACCUCGCUCCCAUGAUCAGCUCGUCCGCAUGCACGAUUGUCUGACGAGGAACGUCGACGAUCGCACAAUCUGGCCUCGCAAGUUAAUCAUCGGCAGAUCCAUAACCUGGAUCCCUGCCAGAUACGGCGAUGCAGGAUCCCCGAUGCACGCCCUAGUCGGCAUCCUCAGGCACGCACAUGACUUGGAAGCCAUGGAGUUCACUGAUUUUGAGGAAGCGUUGGAGCAGGAUCGAGAGAUCGGGGAGUGCUUGGUUACCCUCCCAUGUCUUUCGGAGCUCCAUCUCGGCGGCAUAGGCGCGAUAGCUGUCGAUGUGUUCUGCCGAAUGAUGAGCAGACCGAAGACGGUACACCUCCACGAAUUCUACUUCGACGUUCAGAUCAUGCGCAUCGCCCGAGCGGCCGUGAUGGACAAUGUCCAGCAGCUCUGUCUCUUCGAUCUAGGAUCAAACGAUCUCGUGGAGGUCGAUCCACAACCUCUCGGUCUCGAGUCUCAUCCUUCCCUCCAGACGCUGAGGUUGCGCAGCUGUGUCGUUUACCCCUUUCUAACUCUGUUUCCCAACAUCCGGAGGCUGACGGUGCGGCAUGGCGACUUCCUGAUUGGUGACGCACCCGAGCGACAUCUGCAGCUACAGCACCUAUCUAUCGAUGCAAGCGCAACCAUUCCUGCUCUUGCAACCGACUCCCUCGAACUGCAUCUCACGUCGAGAGUUGUUGAUUCCUCAGAGGAACUUACGAACAGGAUUUCGGAAGCUGUUGUGUUUCGCUUGUCAAUCCAACCUCGAUUCCGCGCUCUAGCUGCAUCCGGUACUGCCUUGAUUAGAACAAUCUCUACGAGGGUGUCGAGGGUGAGGUACUUCAUUCUCAUUCUGAAGACAGAUGGACAAUCGGAAUCAAUCAACUGGAUGAAGAAUACACUCCCUAUGCUAGCUUCAGCGCAACUCGUCUGCAUGCGAGUGGACACUCAGGGCACGUUCGACUCGAGUAUACCACGGCCUACGAGGUGGCCAACUUCGAUGCAGCAGAUGGAAACGGCCCGCCUAUUCCAUCUACCUUCGCUCCGCUUCUAUUCACAGCGCUAUGACAUACGCGACCUCCACGACAGAAGCCUGAUUUAUUCGAAGGUCAGCUGGGGACGCGUCGAACGCGAUGGAGGCCGCUACGUUUUGAAGCCGAUAUCCAACGUAGCGGGUGAGGCAAUUCAUCGCUACCUUCAAUCUCCGGAGUUCUCUGGAACAUUGCAGUUUGACGAGGGCGCAGCCCUGCGGUACGCGUAG